AUAGGGAAGCAAAAUACCUAUUAUGCCCUCUCGCUCAGAUAAAUGGGAUUUGCUAUAAAUUAGAGCAAGUCAAAAGCAUUGGGUUGUCACUGUAAGCAUCACAAAUGCUGGGGUUAUCAUCAACAUUAGAUAGCACAAAGAAGAAAUGGCUUUAGAAACACUAUCAAGCAAUGAAAUCUUGAACUUCCUAAUGUACGACACUGUAUUUGCAUCCAAAUUUGACUGCAAUGACUCUUCUGACACUACUAUGUUACCGGAAACUAGUCUGAAACCUCCACAAUUUGGCGGUGCUUCGGUUAUCAGUUCUUCUAUGAUGCAGCGGUGCCCUCCGGUGGGGCCAGAAGCUGUAGGCAAGCGGAGGAAUCCAGCGAUGCAAGGCCGGAAGAAGAGGAGAAGAAGACAAAACGUUUGCAAGAACAAGGAGGAAGCGGAGACACAAAGGAUGACACACAUUGCCGUGGAGCGGAACCGCCGGAAACUGAUGAAUGAGCAUCUAGCCGUCUUACGCUCCCUCAUGCCGGAAUCUUACGUCCAAAGGGGUGACCAAGCUUCCAUAGUGGGUGGUGCCAUUGAAUAUGUGAAGGAGCUUGAGCACUUCUUGCAGUCCCUUGAAGCUCAAAAACUCUUAUUGCUGAAAGGAGGAACCCCACCACAUGACACUGCCACUGCUGCCAACGCUGAAUUCUUCUCAACCCCAUUUUCGCAAUUCAUUGUGUUCCCUCAGUACACAUUGUCACAGAUCCCUAACAAGAACUCAUCAAAGAGCAAGACCGAAGUGGCAGACAUUGAGGUCACUUUGAUUGAGACCCAUGCAAACCUAAGAAUCCUUUCAAGAAAAAGCCUUCGACAAGUAUCGAAAAUUGUUGCUGGUUUUCAGACACUUCACCUCACUAUCCUUCACCUGAAUGUGACCACCUUGGACCCGUUGGUCCUCUACACCAUCAGUGCUAAGGUGGAAGAAGGAUGCCAACUCAAAUCAGCAAAUGACAUAGCAGGUGCAGUACACCACAUGCUUGGAAUAAUUGAGGAGGAAUCUACCCUCUGGUGAUCAACUUUUUAAGCUGCCACAAAUACCCUUGUAGUUGCAAUGGAAUCUCCACAUGCCCCCCCACCCCCCCUUCCUCCGCCUUCCAGUUCAUUGCAUUAGUUGUUCUCUAGUGCUUGUAAAGGCAUCAACAGCCUUUUUUUUUUUUUUUUUUCUCUCUCUUCCUUUGGGUACAAUAUGGGUUAGGGUAUUCAGCAUUCAGAUAAUGUUUCAAACGUUGUAAAUGAGUGGACCGGAAGAGGCUCUUUUGGUGAAUAGAGAUUUUGGAAAAGUCUCAUAACCACUGUAGUCACAGCUUUUUAUAUUAUGUGGAAAAUAGAUCAAUAAAUAA